AUGAAAAUGAGACCGUCAGAAUGGUCCAGGCUUCCAGUUCUAACAUUGCUGUGUUUUGUCUCGACGAUCGUCUUAGCUGAGCAUACUAGCAAUUGGGCAGUCUUAGUAUCGACAUCCCGAUUUUGGUUCAAUUACCGGCACAUUUCCAAUGUCCUAUCCUUGUAUCGCACCGUCAAGCGACUGGGUAUUCCUGAUUCUCAAAUUAUUCUUAUGCUACCAGACGAUAUGGCAUGUAAUCCACGAAACGCUUUCCCGGGAACAGUAUACAGCAAUGCAGAUCGAGCUGUAGACCUGUACGGUGAUAAUAUCGAGGUAGACUAUCGAGGAUACGAAGUCACCGUAGAGAAUUUUAUACGUCUUCUGACUGAUCGGGUUGGCGAAGAAAUGCCAAGAAGCAAAAGAUUAUUAACAGACGACCGAAGCAAUAUUCUAGUUUACAUGACUGGGCAUGGUGGUAAUGAAUUUUUAAAGUUCCAAGACGCGGAAGAAAUUAGUGCGUUUGACUUAGCAGAUGCAUUUGAACAAAUGUGGGAAAAGAAAAGGUACCAUGAACUACUCUUCAUGAUUGAUACCUGUCAAGCAAAUACUAUGUACAGCAAGCUAUAUUCUCCAAAUAUAAUAGCAACUGGCUCAUCCGAAAUUGAUCAAUCCUCCUACUCGCAUCACGCCGAUAAUGAUGUUGGAGUGGCCGUUAUCGAUCGAUAUACGUAUUACAACCUUGAUUUUCUUGAGACUCAUGUAAGGGACCCAGGUAGCAAGAAAACCUUGGCAGAUUUAUUUGAUAGUUAUGAUGAAUCCAAGAUCCACUCUCACCCAGGCGUUCGAUGGGACCUAUUUCCAGGAGGGGAGCAACAUGGUCGAGAAAGAUUAGUCAUGGAUUUUUUUGGGAAUGUACAGAACGUUGAAGUCGAUGGUGCAGUAAACUUUACAGACAAUAGUGAAGAUUUACUUACUUUAGGAAAAAAAAUUUCCCAACUUCAGAAGAAAAGCGAUUCCCAGGUAAAACUUGCGAAUGAGACGGUCCAAGAAAAAUUACCCGAAGUACCGAGUAAUAUUAACUCUGGAGUAUACAAGGUAGAAGACGCAAGGAAUUGGUGGGAAAGAAUUACAGUCGGGGCCUGGGCUUUGGGUGGUCUUUUAAUGGCAUGGUAUGCGGCAUCACAACUUGAGGCUUGA